GACUCAAAGUUAUUUAACAAAUGACGCGACUACAUGGUUCUUUAUUUUUUUUUAAUUCAACAUUCAUUCUCGCCCAGACUCACACAGGAAAGUAGACAUUCCCAGCAAACAUCAUGGCACUUUGGGUAGAUAAACAUAGGCCCAGCAACCUUGAUAAACUAGAUUUCCAUGCUGAUCUCUCCGUACAUCUCAAAAAACUGUGCUCAUCUGGAGACUUCCCUCACAUGCUUGUCUUUGGGCCCCCUGGAGCUGGCAAAAAGACUCGUAUCGUCGCUAUUCUACGUGAAUUGUUUGGUCCAGGUUCAGAAAAGAUCAAGAUUGAUCAACGUAUCUUUGAAACGCCCUCCAAAAGAAAAAUGGAAUUAAACAUUGUCUCCAGUAAUUAUCACUUGGAAGUCAACCCAAGCGAUGUUGGGAAUUAUGACAGAGUCGUCAUCCAGGAGUUACUCAAAGAAGUCGCUCAAACACAACAGGUCGAUGCUGCUGCUCAGAAGCGUUUCAAAGUCGUCGUCAUCCAUGAGGCAGACCUCUUGUCAAGAGAUGCUCAAGCUGGUUUACGUCGAACCAUGGAAAAAUACAUGGGCAACCUUCGAAUCAUCAUGUGCUGUAACACAACCUCUAAAAUCAUUGCUCCUAUCCAAUCUCGUUGUCUCUUGGUCCGUGUGGGCGCUCCUACGACACAGGAGAUCUGUAAAGUAUUACAUAAAGUCGUCAAGAAGGAGCAUUGUGGACCCUUGCCUGAAUCAUUCGCCCUUCGCUUAGCUGAAGACUCGGGACGGAAUCUGAGGAGAGCCAUUUUAAUGUUGGAAACAGCCAAAGUACAAUGCCAUCCGUUCAAAGAUAAUCAGGAGGUUCCACGCAUGGAUUGGGAGGAUUUUGUCCGCGGUAUCAUGAUAGAUAUUAUGAGGACGCAGAGCCCUGAACAGUUGCAAAAUGUUCGUGGCAAACUAUAUGAACUUAUUAAUCACUGUAUCGACCCUACCACCAUCUUGAAGACACUUGCUAAAGAGCUGAUUCAUAAAGUAGAUGGCGAUGAAAUGAAGUUCAGAUUUGCACAGGAGGCAGCAUUCUACGAACAUAGACUACGCUCCGGUCAAAAGGCUAUCUUCCAUCUCGAAGCAUUUGUUGCAAAAAUCAUGAGCGUUUAUAAGAGGCAUUUGAUAUCGAUGGACCUUUAAAAUUAGCUAGUUUUUGUAAUGUUCCGUUUCGAUUAGCAACUUUUUGUACAAUUAUACACAUUAUAAUAGCAAGCAUUCACUUGAAUUACAAGACAUACGACUAG